AUGGUAGAGAAGUACAUGCGAACUGUUGAGCGUCCAUCGUUAGACUGGCGAUUCAAGGGAGCUAUGGCGUUUCAUAAUGAAUUUGCUGCCAAUGGUGUGCAAUACAUAGGAUCACUUACUACUGAGAUACUCGUAGAAAUGACGGCUGUUUACGGCGAAACGGAAACAGAAUCUCAGGAGAUCAAGGUGAAUAUCACUGUCUCUUUAAAACGCUUGGUGUAUUAG